UGAGACGAGACCACAGAGCUACACACAGCGACCCCAACAGGAAAAGAAGCGUCACACUUUGGUGGUCGUGUUCAUCCCUGGCACCUGCAAGUAUGCAAAAUGACACCCACCCACAACGCACACCACUUUCUGCAUCGCACAUACAUGCCAUAUCUUGACACCUUCGUAAAUCGCUGGGCCUCAGGGUUGAACUCGGGCGUGCGAGCAAACUGCAGGAAGAGAUUGGCCAGCCGCUGACGCAAACCUGAAAGAAGACCAAUAGUGCAAUACGGAUGGAUGUCUUGACAAUCUGCCAUCUCGGUGAGCACCGAAGCGACCUUUGAGUGAGCUGUCCCUUCUCCCCCGAUUGAGCAUGUCGGCCUCCCUGUCUAUCAAGUCAACAAUCUCGCGAGUCAAAUUGCAAUCAAACUCCUGCUCACCAACACACAAGAGACAGACACAACAGACAGACAGACAGACAGACAGAGAGACAGAGAGAGACAGAGACACCAAACACGGAUGCAGACACCCUGUGCAACUAUAUGGUCCAGGGGUGUUAUUGACUGACCGACCGACUGACUGACUGAAUGACCAAUUGACUGACCUUGACAGUCCACUUGACGUGUAGGAGCACAUCGAGGCGCUCGUCGACAGUCAGGAGGGGCAGACGCAGACCGUUGUACAAAUCCAUCAACUCCUUUGCACCUGGAUUUGCGAGUGGCAUCACUCGUUGACACAGACAUGGAUAGAAGAUGCCGCCUGCGUACGUGUGGAGAAUGGGGUGUGUACGAUGGUGGCCUCCCCGUCAGACUGCGCCCACACCUUUGGGUUCGCCAUCUGCACACACCACACAAGAUGGUGGUACAUUCGCCUUUCGUGUGUUGGCUGGGUGUUUACCGCUUCCAGCAGUCUCCUGACUUUGGCAUCCCGGUUGGCAUCGUGGGCCUGGAUCUUCAACCGGUCGAUCGUCUGACACAAGAUGGCGGAACAGAUCCACAAAUGCACGCACACGACACGCACACACGGUGAGUGCACACUCUGUCUUGCCGUGUACCUGGAGGAGCUUUGUCUCCUUUGCCAGCAGCUCUCUUAAUGCCUCCUGCUUGGUUGCCUGCACGACCGACACAACACCCAUGGUCACUCACAUUCAUGUCACGCCCGCCCACACCCACACACCUGGUCGAAGGUUGAUUUUUUGAUGCGAUUGGUCUCAUUAAUGCGCCACGCUGCACACAUGCCGAAGACAUUCAUUGAGGAAGACGUCUGUCUGGAUUCUUGUUUUCUGUCUGAGUAGAGUGUUACCUUCGAGUUCUGAGUAGAGCGUUUCGAAGUCUUCGUAUGUCCGCGGGUGCAUCCGCUUCCCGAUCUCCCGCUUGUGACGCAGAUCGGCCUCACGCUGCCUGCAGCAAACGGGCAACCAGCCAACCAGCCAGCCAGCACGAUUCCUCCCCUCUCCCGCCCUCUAAUAUAUCGCCCGAUGGAUGCAUUGUACGUACAGUCUUUCUGCCUCUUCGCUUUCGAAUUGAAUGAGGUCGUCUCGCUGCUUGCGCAUGCCCCUGACUCUCUUCCGAGCAAGCAUACCCCUAGCCAACCGCUGCAGCAGCAGCACCUAUAGGACACAAUGGGAGAUAUGGCCAAGGCUAAAUGGAUGAUGGAUCAGAAUUGUGACGGUGCUGACUUUCUGGCACUGGCGUUCGAACAGCUCUUCUGCGGUGAAGUACGCCUUGGGAUGGAGGACCUUGUCGUGUUCGGUCGACACGUACACACUCACCGUCCUCUGAUGAGUGAGGUGAACAAAGAAAGAAUGGGGAUGACACAGAUGCCGCGGCCCGUCUCGUCCAUUCUCGUUUGUGUAUCGUACCACUUGUGUACCGGCCUCUCGCUUAGGUUGGAUGGAGCAGCUUCGAUACUCGUACGUCUGGGUCUCACGAUGAUACUUGACGAUGGUCUGAGCGGAAGGGACAGUAGAAGGAGACAUGGAUUUAUCAGCCCCGUGUCUCCACGCAGCAGCACCGCAUCCACCUGUGGUUUCUUGUCGAUGGGUGUCUGGGUGAAGGCGUCAUGGUAUUCCACCCGAGUCUGCUUCUGACGGUACCCACCUGAGACCAAACACACGCUGCAGUCUUCUUUUUGCACUCAUCUGUGCCAGUGGUCUUCAGUCACCGACCGAUGAAGGGUUUGGCCUCUGAAGCCUUCUCGAUGUGCACUCUCACGAGCUUCACCGCGCCCUGGCUGUCUGAAGCAAGAAGAGGCAGCAUCGCACCCAUAAAUACCCCCUUUCUUCUGUCGCCCAUUUAUCAGUGGUGUCCGUUGUCUGUCGCACCCACCCACCCACCCACCUUGGCACUGCAGCUCGAGAACGUCCGGCAUGACAUACUCGGGCAGAGGCUGCUCCUCGUAGAAAUUCAGACGAAGCUGGCAAAGCACAAGGAACAUAGAGUCAGACGAUUUCCAUGGCCUGGAGUGUUCCCUUUUUCCUGGUCCGUCUCGCACCUCGAUGCCAACCCGGUCUCCCGCCUUGAGCUGAUACCCUCCCAGUGAGCGAGACAGAUCCAGCAGACCAUCAGCCGCUACAGCCCCGCUCCUACACACGCAAAACAGACAGUCGCACACACACACACACACACACACAUAUAUAACAGCUGGAUGACGUGUCUGUCUACGUGCUGUACGGCCGAUAGAUAGCUACAUGCAUACAUAGAUACAUGCAUACGCACAUACGCACAUGUUCAUGAGGAAUAGAGUGCCCUCCGGCAGGCUGAGCUCUGCCUCCAGCUCCCCCCGGAUCUCUAUCAGUGUCCUCUCAACGGGAUAAUACUUGGUCUGCCCGUAACCCUGGUUGACAAGGCAAGGGAUGCACUUCCGUUCUUUGCCUUUCGGUGCACACAUGCUCGCUCGGUGUCCGAACCUCAGGCAAUAUGAUGAAAUCGAUGGCCACAUUGCCUUCCGCACCGGCUGGCUCCUCGCCCUCCGGCGGCCCCACCCCCUCCUCUGCAGGCGGCAUCUCACUUUCGCCCUCAACCGCUUCAGCCCCUUCCUGCACUGCAGAUGCCUCUGCCUCUGCGGGGGGCUCCCCUUCCGUGACCGCUGGCUGCCCCUCCCCCUUGACCUCCGGCGGUUCUUGCGGCUCUCCCUGCUUGUCGUCAUCCCCAGCAGGGGGGACCUCUUCUGUGCUUUGCCUCGGCUUGACUUCAGGGUCCUUGGCCUCCUCGGUUUCCUCCCCUGGCGUCUCCUCUUCCUCCAUUCCAUCUUCCUGGGGGGCGGCCGCAGGUUCGGCCUCCGCUGCAGCAGGGCCCUGCUCGUCCAUGUCCGCC